AUGGCCGACGAACUACAGAUUGACGGUACGCCUUGGUGGCGGAAUGUGAACAUGGCUAAGAUCGAGAAAGCACAACGCCUGUCGCAGUCGCAAAAGUCGACAUCAAGACCUGCAUCACCUCCUUCAACUUCAGCAGGUGCUCCUUCUACGUCCAGAUCAGCAGCUGCCGCACCAAUUGCACCACUAUCCUAUGUUCCACAGCGCAGAACUGAUAUGCCUGCCGAGGACACCAUGGAAGGCGGCGAGCGUCUCGAUCUUGACUUGGAACAUCCCGAACCUCCACAAUGGUACAAGGAUAUCGACCGCGACAAGGCCAGCAGAGCCCCAAGAAUUCCUCCCGGCAUUGANCGACACCUAAACAAGAUUAUGGAAGGCAUNCAAAAAUGUAACAAUGCUGCAGCNAAAAGAAUGACUCCUAACCCCGAGGAGUUCACGAAGAUCAACGAUGGUAUCCAUCGUGCUUUCUUCUUGGAUCUCAGCGCAAUGGCUAUCCGUCAAAGGGUNCUCUUGUUCAACGCCAGUGGUCUGCCACAAAUCUUCAACUCCACCACUGUCGACUACCCUUGGUAUAUCAAGGAGGACGCCGCCGAAUUGUAUAUUAAAUGGUGGCAGAAAGAUACCAACCCCGACCUUUUCCGUGGCAUCAUUCUAGGCCGCACCAAGAAUGUCAGGAUCGGCCGUGAAAGUGCAGCCGACAAGCUCGAUCCCAAGUACAGCAGAAAGAAGGGCGACUUCCACGGCAACGGUCACCUCCGCAACGGCCAAUGGUGGCCCACCCAACUUUGCGCUGUGCGAGAUGGCGCCCACAGUGCAACAGUUGCCGGUAUCUGUGGCAGAACUGACGAAGGCGCAUUCUCGUGUGUCAUGUCGGGCGGUAGCUACGCAAACAUCGACAAGGGGGAUGAGGUGUGGUACUAUGGCACAGAGUCCGACGACCCCUCUCGUCCUACAGAUUCUACACAACACAUGAUCGAAAGCUUCCGACUGAAAACGCCUGUCCGUGUGCUUCGUGCAUCGAAGAUGACCACCGAGAGCCCCAACCCAUACAAACCGAAAGAAGGAAUGCGAUAUGAUGGUCUCUACAAGGUCGUGGAUUACGAGGUAAAAGAUUUGGCCAAGCAGGUUCAUCUGUUCCAUCUUGUGCGUGAGCCUGAUCAAGGCCCAAUUCGCAACUCUGGCCACGAAGUUCGUCCAACUCCUGAAGAGUUGGACGCUCUAGCAAAGGCCAAGAUUGAGAAGCAGUAUUUGGCUUGA